UUUUUGAGUUGUUGUUAAGGAACCAAUCUUAAAUACUAUCACCCCCUUGCUAAAUUGAGCACACUUCCUAAACUGAGCACUUGUCUAGACACUGGCAAUGUCACUUGAAAUUCCCCCACAGUCGGUGUUUCUUUACAAUGGCAAAUGGACGCAGGAGGUGGAUAACCUCUUGCUCACAACAAUGAUAAGGCUAAGGGAUGCAUCCAAUUGGAGUGGUUUCGUCAUUCCCACCCACUUCUUGAUGGAGGCAUCCGACGUUGUGUACGAAAAAUUCAAAAUUCGUUUCACUAGACAUGAGCUAUAUGAUCGACUUCAAAGUUUGGAGAAUCGCUUCCGGUCGUUCAAUAAUGUGAUUGAUGUCUCAGGCGUGAUAUGGAAUGCAAACCCGAACACCAUCACGGCGAGCGACGACAUAUGGAGGUCUAUUUUUAAGAAUGACAAAAUGGCUGGAGCCUACUACUACAAGGGGGAGCCGGAGUUUAGAAACAUGAGAAUAUUAUUCGACUAUGCGACAGUUAAAACAGAGUCUGAGAACACUGUUGUGAUCAUCUCGGACACAACUGAACAACUCAUUCACAUCUCCGACAACGACGAUGCAGAGAACAACUUGUCGAGGGAGGUUGUUUCACCCAUUGGCGUGCCGAAGCCAAAAUCUAAACGCAAACUAUUUGAUGAUCAGACAGAGGUUGCUGACCAGGAAUCAACAAACAACAAGGCAGCACAUUUGGGGUCACCACCUCUGCACAAUGUGACCAAGGCAAAGCUUCAAGGCUCUCCUUUGUCAAGCUCUUGUGCAUCUUCCAGCCCUGGUGCCUGGUGGAGGAAUUAAAUGUUUGACAUGGCUCCCAUAAGUAGUAACUUCUCGACGCAUAUAGUAGUAUUAGUGCUUUUGUAGUUUAUGGUGGUUAUCAACUAUCGAUCUCUAGGCAUAAUCAGUACCUUGUAGUGCAGGCUUUUGUAUUUCACUCUUUUUACCUGCACAUGGGCUAAGAAAUCCUUAAGUUAAGAACUGAUGUAACCAACAUCUUUGUAUAAAAGGUUGUGUGAUUAAUAAUGGUAUUAUUAGAUAUUGUGUGUGUUGAA